AUGCAGGAGAAACCUCGUAAACUCCGGGUCCUCUCCCAAGAAGAAGCCAAAGCGCUUUCGUCCUCAUCACCAGCACCGGAGUCAGCAUCCUUCUCACCGUCACAAUCCCCAUCCGCAUCACAGUCGCCAGCAUCAACACCCUCAGCCUCUAAACCCUCCCCGCGCUCCUCCCCGCGCUCCUCUCCCUCAACGUCCCGGCUCUCCUUUUCCUCCUUCCUCCGCGCCCGGUAUGCCGCUCUGCCCCGUCCCGCUCGCCAAACGCUCCGCACCUUCAAGGUCCUAGCGCCCAUACUCCCCAUCGGCCUGUUCUUCUCCGAACAUGUCAUGCAGGUCCUCUGGGUAAACGGGCCUUCAAUGACACCAUACCUAAACGAAGACUACGAGACUAUGCACACAAAGAAGGACAUCGUCCUCGUUAACAUGUGGCCGUUUGGCGGCGCGGGGUUCAGCCUGCCAUGGCGAGAGGAGCGGAAGCGGAGAUUGGAGCGGGGGAUGGUUGUCUUGUUUCGCUCACCCGGAAACCCGCAUAACCUCGCCCUAAAACGCAUUAUUGGGCUCCCUGGGGACCGAAUCAAAACGCGCGAACCGUGUCCGAAGGACUCCCAAAUUGUGCCCUUCAACCAUGUUUGGUUAGAAGGGGAUGCGGCGGAUCCGAGGAAGUCGCUUGAUAGUAAUACAUAUGGGCCGGUUAGUGUUUCGCUGAUCUCUGGCCGCGUGACGGCGGUUUUGUCGCCACGGUUUAGGUGGUUAGAUUGGUCGGGGUGGGAGAGGGGGGUUGUGGAAGGGGAUGAGGAGGGAAAAUUCGGGAGUGAUUAUCGGAAAGAGACUAGGGAGAGGGUUAUUAGGGGGGCUGUUCAGCUAGAAAGACCGUUUUUGAGUUGA